GUGCUGACUCCAGCACAGAUCAAAUCAAUUUGCCAAGCAAUUCUUGACUCCAGAAAGCAAUAUGCCAUGAAAAGGAAGAAACCAUUCCCUCUGAUGUGUUCUUACUAUGGAUCUGAAUACUUGGGAGCAGCUCAUGGCCUAUCAUCCAUUUUCCAGAUGCUUCUUUCUUACUAUGAGCACAUCAAGCCCUCAGAUCAGGAGCUUGUAUGGCAGAGUGUGGACUUCCUCAUGGAGCAGGAGCAGAACUGCAACUGGCCACCUGAGCUUGGCGCGGCCAUUGAGAGAGAGAACGAGCUGGUACACUGGUGCCAUGGCGCCCCAGGAAUUGCCUAUCUGUUUGCCAAAGCUUAUCUGGUUUCCAAGAAACCACAGUACCUGGACACAUGUAUCUGGUGUGGGGAACUCACAUGGCAGAAGGGCCUACUAAAGAAGGUGCCAGGAAUUUGCCACGAUGUAGCUGGCAGUGCUGUCUUCCUGUUGCUUUAUCGGCUCACAGGAAACUCUAAAUACAUCUACCGAGGCCAAAAGUCAGCCAUGUUUGUAUUUACUGAGGAAUUGAAGGCCGGUUCUCACAUCCUUGAAAGUAUAUACUGCUCGUAUGAAGGUUUCUCUGGGACGGUGUGCUUUCUGAUUGAUCUGCUGCACAGUCAGGCUGAAUUCCCUCUCGUCAGCGUCUUUGUUUAGAAGGAUCCAUCUCCCACUGUGGCCCUGUAGAUGGUUUCUGAGAUUUCCUGAGCUACUCAAGGCAGUUUCCACACAAGCCACAUUCAAUGGUAUCACAACCAUGAGCCUUCACAUUGCCACAGGAAGAAGGGAAGAAAGAAAGGAAGGCAGGCAGGUGAAGGCAACAUGAUACCAGACUUAAGGGAGAACUGUUUGAGAACCUGCAAAAUGAAGACACUACAACUCUUCUAAACCAUAGAAAUUCAAUAUUUCAGAGACUAGGAGUGAAAUUAGUGAUCAGAGGAGAAAGGAAAAAAUAAAUUAUUCAUUUUUUAGUUAGGACAUAAAAAACUGAAAUGUGGACAAAGGCAAUAAAAUGUCAAUAUCUUUGCAACUGGAGAGAGAAGUUGACUAUUUGUGGGUGCUCUCCACCCAUAAAUUUAGAAAUAAAAUUGGGAGGAGUUGGGGAAUAAUCUAAAACUAAAGUAAUUGCCCAGCUGAAAGCUUCUAGGAGGGAUGCAGUGUCAGGUUGCUGAAGGACAAAAAAGGAAACUUAGUUUUCCUAUGCCUUUACUUAUUGAAAUGUAUUCUUUUUAUUGAAUAGAGAGAUUUUUAUAUGAAUCUCUACUUUUUAUCAAUAUCCUGAGCACAUAUCUAACUUUGCUUAAACCCUGAAAUUUGAAAUUUCUUUAACCAUCUUUUCCUGGUUCCCUCUU